CUCUGCAAAUCGACGCGGAAGAAUCCUGGUUAUAAACAACACCUCCGCGAUAUUACCGCUAAACUUGUUCUAGAAAGUCGCAGUCGCUUUAUUUUAACUUAAGGUUAUAUUUUUUAUACAACGUUUGCUUUAACUGUUAUAGCUUCUGAAGAAAAAAUAUGGUUGCCGCUUCUUUUAUUUUUUUGUAAGUCGUUCUGCCUGAAAAACGUCGUCAGUAAAGUGUAGCAAGCUCCAGGGAAGCUGAAGAAAAUGCCAGCUCGGAAUAUUGUAUCCCAUGAUACUCCUAACAGCAAAAUUAGAUACUCCAGGUUAGCCACAGAUGAUGAUGGCUAUAUUGAUCUACAGUUCAAAAAGAGCCCACCCAAGGUCCCGUACAAAGCAAUCGCCCUCGCCUCAGUGCUCUUUCUAAUCGGCUCAGUCUUAAUCGUCAUUGGUUCUCUUCUUUUGGCUGGAUAUUUUGGAGUUACCCACUCUGACCGAACAGUGCCUGUCCUGAUCAUCGGCAUCAUUGUCUUCUUGCCUGGAAUUUACCAUUUACGGAUAGCUUACUAUGCAUCAAAGGGCUAUCCAGGGUACUCCUAUGAUGACAUCCCAGACUUUGAUGACUAACCCAUAACAAAGCUUCAGCUGCAGCCUGGCUACACCUGCAUGUGUUCAUGUAUCGCUUGCAGUUUAAAGUGGUUAAAAAAAAAGCUUAAGGACGAAUCAUCUUUAAUAAAUCCGUGUUUAGAUUUUUUUUUCUAGUUAGUAUGCGAUUCUUUAUUUUAAUAAAUUAUCAAAAUAAUCCUUUAUGUAUUUGUGCAAGGUCUUUUUUCAGCGUAUCUAUCUUUUUAUUGGCAAUGAAUUUCACCUAAAAAAUUUGAUUAUUUGAGAUGUUUGAGUGACAAAUGUCAACCUUUUUAAAAACAAAAAGAAGCGAUGUAUCACUUUAGAAUCCUGGGCUAGUUUGGUCUGUAAUAUGCUUAUGUAUUUAUAAGCUCAAGAGAACUGUUUUCUACACUAUGAUCCUUUGUGUUUAUCAGCUAAAGCUUGCCUAGUUUUUUUUCUUGGAGGAUUUCAUGUGAUUAAUUCAGAUCCUUUGAUCUCCAUAUGGUGCACCUGGUCCCUCUGAGUCAGCAUUAUCAAACAGAGGGCUACUAAAGCAAUUACAAGCCAUCCCCCUGUCUGAUCUCUGCUAUCCACUUAUAAAUAUCCAUGAUUUUGAAACAAACCAAUGAAAGACUGAACCUAUUUUCAUUCGCAGGAGAUCAAAAUCAUGUAAAAAAUGUUGCUGUAAAGGUUGAACUUUAAUAAUCCCUUCAGAUGUGAGGCGACCUGCUGCUUUCCAAAGGGUUAAUUCAAAGAUGCUUCCUUGCUAUUAAUUGCAACCCCUCGGAACAAUUACUAAACCAACCAUACCUGGUAUUAGUCGGAUCGGAUUAUUCUCCGUAAAUCAGCUCAGGAACUUUUUUUUCAACAGAAAGGACUUUUUUUUAUUUAUCACUAACAAAACACCUCUUAAUGAUAACCAUGUCACUUACUAAAUCAGCUGCAUUUAUACAUGUGUGCCAAAUAGACACAUUAAAGUAGGUUAGAUACACAAAAGUAGACAAAAGACAAGAUUUGGAGAGCUUAAAUUGACAUUAAAAAACACAACCAAAUAACAGCAUUAUAGAAAUAAAUUGUAUAUAAUUGCUAUGAUUUUACUUGUUUUCUUUGUUCUAUUUAUAAUAUACCUUCAGUUUUAUAAAUUGGAGUAUUAGAAAUGGUAAAAGAUAAAAGUUUUCACCUUUUUUGCUUGAUAACCUAUAAAAAGUGGAUAAGACCGCUAAGGUUAGUUAGAAAGUGUAGAUACUUGAAAAUAUCUGGAAUCUUUUUUUUUCUUUUUCCUGAAUUUUAUUUUAUUUUUUGAGGAUUUCCACUAUGUACACAACAAUAUGGCAGGCAUUUCAGUUAACUGUUAGAGCAGCAGGUGCAUAGAAGAAUAAUAUUAAUGCACUAGAGAAUAUCAGCACAAGAUAUCAAAGAAAAAAAUUAUUAGGAUAAGAAAAAUAUUAGAGCUUGUAUUGCAGAUCUUUUUUUUUUUCAAGAAUAUUGAAAAGUUUAACUGUUUUCCAUAAGAGAGAAGAGUUAUAGUUUGAUCUUUGUAUGUAACCAGUCAUGAAUAUCCGUCCAAAGCUUCAAGGAUUAUGCAUUGAUAAAACAAAUGA